GCAAUGAUGGCCACUUACCAGAACUCGGAAGAUGACGCAAUGGCCUUGAUGAUCCACGACACCAACGCGAGCAAGGAGAAAGAGCGGCCCAAAGAGGAGCCGGUCCAGGAAAAGGUGUCGGAGAAGCCGGACCCGUCCCAGAAACCACCGUACUCGUACGUCGCGCUCAUCGCCAUGGCCAUCCGGGAGAGCACCGAGAAGCGCCUGACUCUGUCUGGUAUCUACCAGUACAUCAUCAGCAAGUUCCCCUUCUACGAGAAGAAUAAGAAAGGUUGGCAGAACAGUAUCAGACACAACCUCAGCCUCAACGAGUGCUUCAUCAAGGUUCCGCGGGAGGGCGGCGGGGAGAGGAAGGGGAACUACUGGACUCUGGACCCGGCCUGUGAGGACAUGUUCGAGAAGGGGAACUACAGGAGACGCCGCAGGAUGAAGCGGCCGUUCCGACCUCCGCCGACCCACUUCCAGCCGGGGAAGUCGUUGUUCGGAGGGGACGGCUACGGCUACCUGUCCCCACCCAAGUACCUGCAGUCCAGCUUCAUGAACAACUCCUGGUCGCUCGGCCAGCCCCCCACCCCGAUGUCCUACACGUCCUGUCAGAUGGCCGGUGGCAACGUGAGUCCCGUGAACGUCAAGGGGCUGUCCCCCCCUUCCUCGUAUAACCCCUACGCCCGGGUGCAGAGCAUGGCGCUGCCCAGCAUGGUGAACUCUUACAACGGCAUGGGUCACCAUCACCACCCGGCGCACCCCCACCAUGCGCAGCAGCUGAGCCCGGCCACCGCGGCGCAGCCCCCGGUCUCCUCCAGCAACGGAGCGGGCCUCCAGUUCGCCUGCUCCCGCCAGCCCGCGGAGCUCUCCAUGAUGCACUGCUCCUACUGGGAACACGAGACCAAACACUCGGCGUUACACACGAGGAUUGAUAUUUAA